AUGUCGAAGGAAUCUGCAACAAGAUUUUUUAACCGCUACCACCACUAUCCACCCCAAAGAGAAGGACGGAUGGUCACUCCGGUUUUCGAUUUUGAUUACACGUCCGUGCCAAAGUACGAAGAUGAAACUGCGGACAUCAAAAUUUUGCUGCCCGAAAUUAAGGAGGCAUGGCUAGUCCAUAGCGACGUAAUUACCGACAAAAGCAACUUCUUUCGAAUGGCACUAGCCACUCCGUUAUUAGAAAGCAGGACCAAAGAAAUCAAGCUCUACGGAAUUGACGGCGCGAUAAUGGAAUUCAUUGUAAAAUACAUGUAUAGUGACUGGUCCUCCGCAGCUACAUUAGCCUUUGGCCUAGAAGGCGGUGCCGCGGUGCCGCCGAGAUACAUCGCGGAGAUCCUCAUCGUCGCCGAUUUCCUCGACAUACCCCAGCUUUGCUACGCGGCAUACCACAUGCUGCUAUCCGGGAUGGCCGGCCUCGUGAUGCGGUCCAAGACGCACGCUAUAUGCUCGCACAUCUUGUACUGCGCGAGUGACACUUUCCUCCGCGCGGCGUCUGUGCUGGAGGAAAGCAAAACGAAGGUCGGCCUCGAUUUGGGAGGAGCAAUAUAUAGACUAAUGGAGAGGCUGGGAAAGGCGUGGAACUUGGAUCAGGCGGCCGAGGCUUUCGUGGAUACUUUUCCGGAAGACCGCUUCAUCAUCGACUUGGAGCUUCAGUGGUAG